CCUUCUGCGCCUGCGCGGCUGCAGCCUGAGGGGACCCAUCUCUGAGGAGACGCCGCCGCCGCCAUGGCUACGACGUUGGCCAAGAUCGCCGAGAUCGAGGCGGAGAUGGCUCGCACCCAAAAGAAUAAAGCCACGGCCCACCACUUGGGGCUGUUGAAAGCCCGCCUGGCCAAGCUGCGUCGAGAGCUGAUCACCCCAAAAGGAGGCGGAGGGAGCGGAACUGGAGAAGGUUUUGAUGUGGCAAAGACUGGCGAUGCCCGGAUUGGUUUUGUGGGCUUCCCUUCGGUGGGAAAAUCUACUCUGCUGAGCAAUCUUGCUGGUGUUUACUCAGAAGUAGCUGCGUACGAGUUUACAACUCUAACCACAGUUCCAGGAGUGAUCCGGUACAAAGGAGCCAAAAUACAGCUUCUUGAUUUACCAGGAAUUAUCGAGGGUGCCAAAGAUGGGAAAGGCAGAGGUCGCCAGGUCAUUGCUGUUGCCCGAACCUGCAACCUCAUCCUGAUUGUUCUGGAUGUUCUGAAACCUUUGGGACAUAAGAAGAUAAUUGAGAGUGAGUUGGAGGGCUUCGGGAUACGUUUGAACAGCAAACCUCCCAAUAUUGGCUUUAAGAAAAAGGACAAAGGAGGCAUUAACCUCACGGCCACAUGUCCGCAGAGUGAGCUGGAUAUCGAAACUGUGAAGAGCAUUUUGGCAGAAUAUAAAAUCCACAAUGCUGAUAUCACCCUGAGGAGCGAUGUAACUGCAGAUGACCUCAUUGAUGUGGUUGAAGGAAACAGAGUUUACAUCCCAUGCAUUUAUGUGUUGAACAAAAUUGAUCAAAUCUCCAUUGAGGAACUAGACAUAAUUUACAAAGUGCCCCACUGCGUUCCCAUCUCUGCUCAUCAUCGGUGGAAUUUUGAUGACCUGCUGGAGAAAAUCUGGGAUUACCUUAAACUUGUGCGGAUUUACACUAAACCCAAAGGGCAGCUCCCAGAUUAUACUUCUCCAGUGGUCCUGCCUGACUCUCGGACCACCGUGGAGGAUUUCUGCAUGAAGAUUCAUAAAAACCUAAUUAAAGAUUUCAAAUAUGCUCUUGUAUGGGGCUCGUCUGUCAAGCACAACCCUCAGAAAGUGGGAAAAGAUCAUACUAUGGAGGAUGAAGAUGUCAUUCAGAUAGUCAAGAAAUAAAAUCAAAAAAUUCCUCUGGCCCAUCAAUCACGAUUCCUUUAAAAAAAGACUUAACUAUGGAACUUCCUGGCCUACCAAAUGGUUGAGUGAAUGCGAACACAACUGUGGAAAUUUGUGGACUGAUUAAAUUAUUUUUCCUGAGGUGGGCAGGAGAGCAUUGCAAACAGGUGGCUUUGAAUGCUGUUUAAUUGAAUCCACAUUUUUGCCCUAGGAAGAGUUCAGUCAAUGGAGCUUUUAUGCUGCCGACGUAAAUUAGGAUGCAAAUGUAAAACUUUCCCUCAUUAUCACUUGGGGAUUUGUAUACAAAAGUGAUGGUCCUGUCCUUGUUAAUGUAAAUAAAAUCUACAGGCAAAAGCUCA